CAGCUCACAGCAGCAGCAUGCUAGCUUUAGCAUGGCUUGUCUCUCAACUCACUAGUUUCUCUGUGUGAUCAAAAACUAUGAAGUAAACAACUUUGCUAAAACAGCCAAACAUAAAGCAACUGCAGCAACACCAGAGCCAGCAGCAGCUAACAUCAGCUAGCAGUCCAACAGUGACCUCUGACACAUGAAGCUCUGGCCAGCGACCAAAAGCUGCUCAGCAGGAGUCUGGUUGACUUGGUCCAUUCACAAACCUGCAUGUGUAAAGCCACAGCAGCCAGCAAUGGAACCCUGGCCUGCACUGGCCUGGGUCCUACUGCUGACCACCAUCCCUGAUCUGCUGAAAACCGCCGAAACAAGGGACUUUACCGAACAAGACAUCAUCUACCUCCAUCCCUCAACCACUCCAUUCCCUGGUGGAUUCAAGUGCUUCACUUGUGAAGAUGCACCGGACAACUAUGAAUGCAAUCGCUGGGCACCAGACGUGUACUGCCCACGAGAGGCAAGAUACUGCUACACACGCCACAAGAUGGACAUAGAGGGAGACAGUGUCUCAGUGACAAAACGCUGUGUGGCCCUGGAGGACUGUCUUUCUGCGGGUUGCACUCCAAUGGAUUAUGAAGGAAACAAGGUGUGCACAACCUGCUGCGAGGGGAACAUCUGUAACCUCCCGCUGCCAUGGAACGAAACAGAUGCCAUCUUUGCCACCACCUCUCCUCUCAGUGGCAGCCUACGGCUUUCCAAGAGCUACGCUAUGACUUUUUGUCUUCUCAUCCUCACCUUCUUCAUCUCAAGUUGAAAAGUGGAGAGACAAUCAAAAUGUUAUAUGUGAUGCAGUGAGGCCCAAGGAACCAAUGGACAACUCUUCCAGGCUGGAUUCCUCACAAAACACAAAGCAAGUUUGCCAUCUUGUGAAGUCAAAAGGGAUUCAAGAGAGGUGACAACCCUUCAGUUUUGAGUAGCUUAUAGCAAGAGAACAAGCACUUAGCACUGCAUAGUGAAAACACUGGCAUUAUCUCAGUUGAUCUUGAAGGAUAAAACAUCUGAAACGUAACUGUGGAAUGUUACAUCACUCCCCUCAGACCAUCUAAGAUGGGACUGAGGGAAAAGCUGUAACCUCAGAAAUUUGUUCACAUCAAGUGGGGACUUGUCAGUUUAUAGUCGUCAGCAUGUUAGAGAGGUAAAGACAGAAGUGAAGAAAACUGCCCUAGCCUGUAUAGGGAUCUGUGUCUGGUUUAAAUGUUAAAGAUUUGGUGUGAAAUUUGUGAGUCAAUAUUCAAUGUUCUAUGUUUUUUAACACGUGUAAAUAUACAUAGUAUUUAUUUUUAUAUCAAUCAAUGUUGGUAGAAAAGUGGAUGUGUGUGAAAUGUUGCCUAGUUACCUAGUUUACAGCAUGAGUGUGUGAUGGGUCCUGUAUACGGCUCCCAGAGGAGCAGAGCUGAUGAGGAUUUUAGGAAGAGGUUUUUCAUUAUGGCAGUUUAUUUGUUGCCAUGGCAACAAGACACUCAUGAGAACCAAUACCUAAGUAUAAUUUGACGAAGACCUCCAAAACACAGUCAACAAAUACAUGUAAUUCCUAUUUGGCUAACUAUCAUGAUAGUUAGUAUUAUCCUUUGCAGGGGUCAGUCCAUGUGAUCUACAUGAUGCAUACAGGACGACCUGGAAAAUAACUGAUGUUUUCUUCUUUUUCUGACUUGUGGAAAGUAUGUCUGUCAGCAUGGAAAAUACUUGCCAAAGCUUGGCAUGGACUUUAACCCUCUGUGUGAAGUGGUAGAACACAAUGUUUGGAAGGAAAUGUGUUUCUUUGAAAAAGGAAACAGCUGAAAAGUAUCUAUAGAGCCAUUUUAAUUACUUUCCAGGGAUGCAAAAUAGAUUUGAUUUGACUUUCCAUAGACUCUCCUGAGCACAGCAUCUCUUGUCUGUCAUGUUGGAAAUAGAGAAACGUACCAGUGAUUUUGAAUGUUUGGCCCAUUUCUACAAUCUACCCACAUUUUACAUUGCAACAAACCAUUUUGCAAAGCACUGAAUAUGUGAGCACCCCCAUCAGAUUUGAAGUUUUGGCUGAAACACCUACAUUAUAAUGAUCUGCCUCUGCAGCUAAUCAAGUUGUCACCAUUCAUAAACCCCAGAACCAAUUAUUGGCUAAAGCAAAGCCCAGGGACUAUUUUCCACCCAAUUUCAAGUCACCAAAACACAACAGUGCUGCUAAUGGAAAAGCUAAUGUGGAGGACUUUAUUACAGUAAUGAAGAAAGUUUGAGGUCUCUGAAAGUUAAUUUUCAUAACAUUAUGGAAUGAAUGGAAACCAAUGACUGGAUAAAAGGGAGGGAAAAUGAUAUCAGAGUUCUAAAAUAUGACUGCUUGCUUUGGGAAUAGAUUAAUAGAAAUGAGAAGUUUAUCCAUUUUGUAGAUAUUACACUUAACAUGCAGAAUCACUGGUAUGAUCCUGAAGCAAUGUUCAGCAUGGUCAACAUCACAGAUUGAUGAUAUCUAAUAGUUCAAGAGAAUCUGAGGAGGGACUUUUCUUUUGAACUCUUUUUCUGCCAUGCGGUGCCACGGCGCUCUGCUGUUUGCAUUGUCUGUCACACAUCUCUCAUCCAUCAGGCCCCGUGUGGCAGUGAGGCCAGGGAGAAAAUGCUGCGUUUGCAUUUACAGUGUUAUUGUUCUCAAGGUUUAGGAUUUACUUAGGCUGGUGGCCCGAGACACAGAGGAGGCUGGUCACUUCCCCUCUCUUUCUGUCUCUCUCUCUCCUGUCUCACUCUUUUCACCAAGACUCCAGCCUGAGGCCAGGAGGAAACCAGUGACUCAGUAUGAUUUACCAGACAUUGUUUGACCUCGUGCAUUUUUCUUUGUUGUAUGUGUUUUUGUUAGAAUGGUUCAAGGGCUAGAAUGUGUUGUACCCUUUUGAAGCAGGCAAUAUUUGAUUUUAAUGAGAAAUAUAGGCUUUUGUAUUAUAACCUAAAGAGCCAGUAUAUUUUUUCACAUGUUGCCUUCACUGAUUCUAGUAAACUUUUAUACAAUGUGAAAGAAGUGUUUGUGCAUGAACGUACUUUCAGUGGAAACCAGACAGCUGCAUGCCAGUUUUGUGCCAACUUUUGUUAUGUGGAUUCCUGUUUUGAUAUGUGCUGUGUAACCAUCUGUAAAUAUAGAUGUGAAAUACUUUGGACCUAUUAAAAAUGAAGACAUAUCUGUCGAUGAUGACAUGUUUAGAUCAGCUCAAGUGUGGGACAUCAAGU